AUGAGUAACCCCUUUAAUAAGGUGGCGAGGGAUUUCGCUGUAAAGAUGCGGUCUAAAGUACACAAACAGAGUUAUAGCAACAGUGUGAUGGAACGAAAGGCCCGUCAACUCUCACCAACAGGACGGCUCGCCGUAGAGAGGAUAACAGAGUUAAUGGCAUUGCAACAACGACAUCAGCGAACAUUUGAUCCCGCACUUCGUACAGAGGCAACACAAAUUCUCCGUACACUUCCAUUACUUUCUACAGAUGAGGAUCCUCUCUUUAUACACACCCAACGUGCACUUCGUGUUGCUGCCUACUUUGAUGCUGUUGAUCUUCCAACCACCUAUGCAUUAAUAAAUCAACAUACAAAGAAUACAUUUUUAUUAGAUGCCAUAUCUAUGUCUUCUUUUUUCUUCACAUUAGCGAAAAUGAAGCAUCCGCAGACAGCGGAAAUUAUUGCCAUAUUACUACCUCGAUUACGUGAAUUAGCAUCUGAUUUAAUUCCACGUGAAGCUGUUCACAUUUUACGAGUAUUACACCGUUACAGUGUAGAAGAUACCAAAUUGAUUAAAACUCUUACAGAAACUGUUGUAAAUACUGUUAAGGAUACUCCCCUUUUAGAUGUACGUCAAUGUGCCGUUAUAUUAGCAGAUACAUAUCCUGAAGAGGCCAAACGUAUUCUUAUCGCAGCAGAGAAGCGACUCUGUGAUGAUAUAGAAUUAAAUACCAACAUUGAUGAAGUCAAGACAACUAUGAUGGAUGUAUGCCGUGUGGUAUCCUUAACAUGUACAGCCCCACGUGAACUUCUUAACAGUAUAGCUCGACGUUCUCUUGAUAUAACACCACAACUCUCUCAAUUGGAUAUUUCUUACAUAUUAAAAGCCUUUCACUUAAGUUCAUACCGUCAUUUACGUCUUUUUCGGGUAUUAUCAUCUUCACAGGCAGCACGUGUGUCCAAUACAAAAACAAUUCCAACAGCUGUAGGAGUAUCACAGGAUCUUACCCCUACAGCUGUAUCUAUGACUAUACAAGCUUUGGCUCACUUUUAUGUUACAGGAAGUGAAGAAGUUGUUUUGACAUUAGUGAAUGCAGUCGCAAAUGAAUUAGAGGGUCUUAAUUUUGCCCUCACACUUCUUGCAUGCGUACGGCUUCAGUGUAUUUCGAAGGAUUAUUCUUCAGCAACGGAUAUACUAUGUGGUUCACCAUUGCGAAAGUACACACUAAAUGCACAUAGUUUACAGGUAACAAGUCGUUUACUUUAUGCUCUUUCUCAACUAGGUCGUUGUACUUCCACAACGGAUAUUGUUAAUAUUCAGGCAUUAUUAAACUCUGUGUUGCGUGCUCGUGGCCCCAUAUCAGAUGAUGUGAGAAGUUUUCUUCAGGACGCUGUGGUAACAUUAGAUUCUAAUAGCGAGUGUAAGGAUGAUGCGGUGAGAGGACUUCUUGUUAAGGUGCGUGAGAGAUUAUUAUGUGGGCGUAGUGGUGUUAGUAGUUCCGUUCCAUCAUGA